CCUUCCUUCCCCCUUUGUCUUGGGCGCAUCUAAACAAGAGCCGGCUUGGACGCGCUCCAGCUUAAGUGCCAUUUGCGUAAAAGGGCACGGAAGGGGCGAUGCGGGCUUUACCGCAACUCCGCUGCAGAGCUUGCGCUGGCUUUCAGAAAGGCAGCUGUGAAAGGAGGAGAAAGCCGUUUAUACGUUGCAUUCCUAUAUGGUGCUUCCAUGCAAAACACAUUGGCCCCUCUCUUUAUAAAACUGAAAAACAAACACGCAAAGGCAGAUGAUUUUGAAGAGGAAAAGCCCAAGAAGAGGAAACUCUUGCCCAAAGCUGCUUCUGAUGAAAAGAAGAAAAAAGAGGGUGAGAGAAAUAUGCCUUCUCCACCCUGCAGAAAUUCAAGGCAAAGAAAAGGAACACAGAAGGUGAAGGAGGAAAACAAAACUCUAGAAAGUCAACAAGCCUGUAAAAAAGGGAAGAGAUGCAGUAAGUUGCAGAAUUCUCCUCGGAAGAAAGAGAUGAAUAUAAAAAACAAAUGUACCAUCAAAAAGAUAGAGGAAGAUGCUGAGGAUGAUGAAAGUGAGGAUGAAUGGGAAGAUGUGGAAGAGCUUCAUGAGCCCGAGAUAGAGCUGCUGAAAGAGAUCCCAGCUCCAACACUGCCUAAUAAAACGGUUGAGAUAGAAAUUGAGACACCAGAACAGGCAAAGAAAAGAGAAAGAAGAGAGAGAAGGCAGUCUGAGUUUGAAACAUAUCUCCGUAGAAUGAUGAAACGGUUUAACAAGGAAGUUUGUGAAGAUACACACAAGGUUCACUUACUGUGCCUAUUAGCAAACGGUUUCCAUAGGAACAAGAUCUGCACUCAACCAGACUUGCAAGCUAUCGGGCUUUCUAUCAUCCCCACCCGCUUCACUAAAACCCCUGCAGGUCAGGUCAAUCGCCUCUACCUGUCCAACCUUGUAAAAUGGUUUGUGGCAACCUUCACCGUCAACGAUCAGCUCUCGAAGAAUAACGAAGGUUGGCAAGCCACUCUGGAGAGGCACUUUGCUGUCUAUGCUGCACGAGAUGAAGAAGAACUGGUACAUAUGUUUUUACUUAUUCUGCGGGCGCUGCAACUGCUUUGCCGUCUUGUGUUGUCUCUGCAACCCAUUCCUCUGAAAGGACUGUUGGGGAAACAAAAGGGUCUCUCCAAGAAGCGCUCUGCGGGUACAGCUUCUGUGGAAUCAGAUGGCUGUGCCAAAAAGCCUAAAAUGGCAUCCAAAAGGCGCACAGGGCCAGCCAAGACCAAGCCAAGGGCAAACCAAGAAAAAAUCCAGUUAAGGACUCCAGAAAGUGAUGAGGAACCAAAUACCUCUGGAAUCAAAAGAAGAACAAAUAAAUCUCCAGCCUCUAGGGGUGCUGAAGCACAAAAGGGAUCUGGCCCUGUGGAGAACAACCUGUGGGAAAAAGAAGGCUUGGGAAGGCCCAAAAAUGUCCGCCAACGGAGAGUGGCCUCUAAAGUAUCCUAUAAAGAGGAGAGCGGAAGUGAUGAAAGCAGUGACUCUGAAUUUCGUGUUUCAGAGGAAGAUGAGGAUGACAGUAAUGUCUCUGAUGAAGAUUUUGAAAUGCCCCGGAGAAAGCAGAGGUUAUCACAAGGAACUCCUAAGGCAAACACAGCUGUGAACAACAGGCAGAAAUCUGUGUCUUCUGUAUUGAAGGGACCCAAUCACUCAAAGGCAGUUCCUGGGAAAGUCGCUACACCGAGCUCUUCUGACUCCUCCAAGAAAAGGAACAAAAUAAUUUCUAGUGAUGAUAAUGAAGAAGAAGAAAGAGGAGUGGUUAAAGUCAAAGGCACAGACCAGUGGGUGGAGGUUUUUCUUGAGCGGGAAGAUCGGUGGGUGUGCCUAGACUGUGUUCAUGGAACCGUUGGGCAGCCUCUGCUGUGCUUCAAAUAUGCCACAAAGCCCGUGUGCUAUAUCAUUGGCCUUGACAACAAUGGGUCUGUAAAGGAUGUGACACAAAGGUAUGAUCCAGCAUGGAUGACCUCGACACGGAAAUCUCGUGUGGAUGCCCAGUGGUGGGAGGACACUUUGGAGCCAUACAGGAGCCCUUUUGUGGAAAGAGACCAAAAAGAAGAUAGAGAGUUUCUAGUAAAACUUCAAGACCAACCCCUGCCAACAGCCAUCGGUGAAUACAAGAACCAUCCGCUUUAUGCCUUGAAGAGGCAUCUCCUUAAAUAUCAAGCCAUCUAUCCAGAGACAGCUUCCAUCCUGGGAUAUUGCCGUGGGGAAGCGGUGUAUUCCAGAGAUUGUAUACAUACCCUGCACUCCAAGGACACGUGGCUAAAGCAAGCUCGAGUCAUCAGGAUUGGAGAAGUCCCUUAUAAGAUGGUCAGGGGCUUCUCCAACCAAGCAAGGAAAGCACGAAUGAUGGAGCCUGCAAACCGGGACAAAAAGGAUUUGGCCCUCUUUGGCUUCUGGCAGACUGAGGAGUUCCAGCCCCCUGUGGCCGUGGAUGGAAAGGUUCCUCGGAAUGAGUUUGGGAAUGUGUAUCUCUUCCAACCUAAGAUGAUGCCCAUCGGUUGCGUG